UGAGGACUGACUCGAUGGACUGACGAAUCAUGUCAGGAAGACGAAAGUCAAGUCGGAGCUCACGACCAAAGCAAAACCUUGCUGACAGGCGUCUUGCGAUGGCCUCAGGUGGCACCCUCCCUGAAGAACAGUUCCUGUGUUCAAUCUGUCUGGAUGUGUUCACUGAUCCAGUCUCUACUCCCUGUGGUCACAACUACUGCAAGGCAUGUAUCACAGGGUACUGGAACUGCAGCGGCCAAAUACAGUGUCCCAUCUGUAAGCAAAGCUUCGGCAGUCGACCACAGCUCCAGGUCAACACUGACUUCAGGGAUAUGGUGAAGCUUUUUAAGAGCAUGAGGGUGAAGGCGGAAGGUGAGAUAUUUGUCAGACCAGGAGAAGUGCCAUGUGACAUCUGCGUCGGACCAAAGCUCAAAGCCCAGAAGACGUGUCUGGUGUGUUUGGCUUCGUACUGCGAGGGUCACCUGGAUCCUCAUCUGCGGGUGGCAAGUCUCAGGAAGCACAAGCUGACUGAGCCCGUGUCAAACCUGGAGGACAGGGUGUGUACGAAGCACGACAAGAUGCUGGAGCUCUUCUGUCAACCAGACCAGGUGUGCAUUUGUUUCAAGUGUUUGAAAGACGACCAUGUGGGUCAUAAAGCUGUUCCACUCGAGCAAGCCCACAGGGAAAAGGCAGCACAGCUCCAGAGUGCAACGUCAGGGAUGAAAAUAAUGGAAGAAGCUAAAUCCAAUACUGUUAAAGAAGUCAAAGACUCCAUCCAGCAGAGCAGAGAGGAGUCAGACAGUGAUAUAUCGAGCAUCAAUGCAUUUUUCGCGUUUCUGGUGGACUCUCUGAAAUGUAGGCAGUCAGAGCUGAUUGGGGUGAUCCAGGAGAAGCAGAAAGAAGCAGAGACGGAAGCCGAAGGGCGAGUCGCACAGCUGGAGAAGGAACUUGCCAAGUUGAGGAGGAGAAGAUCUAAAAUGGAGCAGCUUUUACAAACAGAGGACCAUCUCCUCCUGCUGCAGAACUGGCCAUCCCUUCACCUACCCACACACACUGAGGACCUCUUCAGCCCUGCACCACAGCAACUUCCUGAUAGCAGUCCUCAGAUCUAUGCGGGGAUUGUGAAAAAAGCAGUGGAACGGAUGGAAAAGGCUAUCACUAAUGAGAUGGAGUUGCUCCUCCAUGAGGUCAGGCUGUCUGAUAGCUGUGAACCAGAAGAUGCAACUGAAGGACCGAUGAUGGCUGAUGGUUUCAUUCAGGAUUUGUCGAAACCUGAGGACAAGCUGGCGAUGAUUCAGCAGUGCCAUGCAGUGAACGUGCAAAUGAACGCGUUCACGCUGUCCCUUGGACUUGCGUUGUCUGAGGAUGGGAAGCGGCUGGGUUUUCAUCAAAACAUAUGGAAUUACCUUGCUGGGCUCGUGUGUAGUCUUGAACAAGCCCCUUUUGUCCUGGCGACUGAGGGUUAUUCUUCAGGCAAGUUCUACUAUGAGGUUCAAGUCAGUGGCCUUGACAACUUUCAGGUGGGUGUGGUCAAUCCGACCGUGUCAAACAAAACAUGCUGGAUCUUUGCACUGUACACCACCCUUUGGGAGUGCUAUUCAGUUUUUGACUCAUCUCGCUCAGAAACCCUGUUCCUGAGACAGAAACCGGAGAGAGUUGGAGUGUUUGUGGAUUAUGAAAACAAAGAGGUCUCCUUCUACGACGUGGAUGCCAGGACUUUGAUCUACUCCUUCACCGGAUGCAAUUUCACUGGCGCUUCAAUGCUAAGGUCUUUUCUCAGUUCGAUGGUUGGUGGUUUUUUAAAUCCAAGACAAAAGCUCUUUCCUGCCUUUUCGAUUUUUGGGGCUGCUCGUGACAGUGAACUAGUAAUCACACCUGUAGCUCAAACACCCUGACGUGCCUCCAGAACAAAGGCCCAUAAUUGGACUGAUCGGCUUCUAUUCAAGAGAACACCUAUUCUACAUAAAAACACAAAAUAAUUUGAGCCAGCAUACAGCAGCAGAAGAUCUUUGGUUUUUCAUGGAGUUCCUGCUUUGUUCCUUAAAAAACCUGCAGGUUGCAAAAUUGUUUUGAAGCCAACAAGUGGGCGUACCAAACUUUGUUCCUUUCUUCUGAUUUCUUUUUAUCUUUUUAUUGGUCUUUUACAAAUAUAUAGAUCAAAUGUACAAUUGGGUGAAGUGAAAACAUGGAAAAAACCCCAUUGAAAAACAGCAAAAAGGACAUGGAGAAAUACUUUUGUUUGUUCUUGUGUGAUUUUUUUUAUACAGUUUUUCUCCAUUGGUUUGGCUCAUUUCUUGAAACAGAAAUUACAUUUUGAAAACUCUAAGAUAAUUUACUGGUAGUAAAACGGUCUUACAGUUCAGCUCAACGCCAUAGUUCACUCGCAAAACCUCAUAUCUUUACCAAAACUGUUCACUCAUGUUUGAAAGCUACAUUUCUUUUCUAUAUAAAUAGUCAGUGCCACCAAAAUGCAAAGAUCCU